UUGUGCAUGGUUUCCAACAUUUCACUGUAGACUUAGGCAUCCUUUAAAAUGUGAAGAAGAUCCCUUUGACUGUAAAGAUGAGGAGUCUACUCUUUUUGGUGCUGAUUUCUAUCUGCUGGGCUGAACCUCACUCUGACAACUCAAGUCUGGAGCAUGAAAGAAUUAUUCACAUUCAAGAAGAAAAUGGACCCCGUCUACUUGUGGUAGCAGAACAAACUAAAGUCUUCACACACCGUGGUGGCAAUGUCACACUGCCAUGUAAAUUUUACCAUGAACACACAUCAACAGCUGGCUCAGGAACCCACAAAAUCCGGGUGAAGUGGACCAAACUCACCUCAGAUUACCUCAAAGAAGUGGACGUCUUUGUUGCAAUGGGACAUCACAAAAAGAGCUACGGAAACUACCAGGGCAGAGUGUUUCUAAAGGGGAGCAGUGAGAAUGACGCCUCUCUUAUAAUCACAGAUAUCAUGCUGGAGGAUUAUGGACGAUAUAAGUGUGAGGUGAUUGAAGGUCUAGAGGAUGAUACAGCAGUGGUGACUCUGGACUUGGAAGGUGUGGUGUUCCCGUACUCCCCGCGUCUGGGGCGGUACAACCUGAACUUCCAUGAGGCCCAGCAGGCGUGCCRGGACCAGGACUCCGUCAUCGCUGCCUUUGACCAGCUCUACGAUGCCUGGCGAGGUGGGCUGGACUGGUGCAAYGCGGGCUGGCUCAGCGAUGGCUCCGUGCAGUACCCCAUCACCAAGCCCCGCGAGCCCUGCGGUGGCAGGAACACCGUGCCAGGGGUCCGGAACUACGGUUUCUGGGAUAAGGAUAAUAGCAGAUAUGAUGUCUUCUGUUUUACUUCAAACUUCAAUGGUCGGUUUUACUACCUAAUACACCCAACCAAGUUGACCUACGAUGAAGCUGUUCAGGCUUGCUUGAAGGACGGGGCCCAGAUCGCCAAAGUUGGCCAGAUAUUUGCUGCCUGGAAACUGCUAGGAUAUGACCGCUGUGAUGCUGGCUGGCUGGCUGAUGGCAGCGUUCGCUACCCAAUCUCUAGGCCAAGAAAACGCUGUAGUCCUAAUGAAGCAGCAGUUCGCUUUGUAGGCUUCCCUGAUAAAAAGCACAAGCUAUAUGGUGUCUACUGUUUCAGAGCACACAACUGAAAAUACCUAGAGCACAACAGUUUUAAAUUCAUUAAGAACAUGUGAAAGAUUUCUUUUCGAUAUGAACUCAUGCAAGUUACCAAAACUGUGAUAAAACUUUUUUACUUACUGUAAAGAGUCGUUUUCAUAAACCCAACCCAUUUUUUUUGUCUUAAUAUUUUUGUAAAAGUAUCAUUCCAUAGAUAUUUUAAAUUAAUAUAAUUUAAUGGAAGCUCUAGAUAAGGAAGCCUUAGAUCCAAAUUCUUUAAGCUACAUCAUCCCAACAAAAUAUACUUUCCAUGAAUGGGGCAUGCAAUAGAGCAUGGUGAUUGCUAGGACUCRGUUAUGGAAGGUAAGGCUACUCAAAGCAGAAACUUUUACAAGCACAAAUUUUAUGCAUUUGUACCAUUUUGAGAGGCACUGCAAAAUAAUUAUAUCUGCAGUUUUGAAAUACGAUAAUCUUUUGCUAACAAGCAUUUCAGUGAAGUUUUUCAAUACAAAAUGGAAGGGAAAGGUUUUCAAAUAGAACAGUAACAGUUUAAUAAAAGUAGCAUUUAAAGCAGUCCACCAAAACAGGACUCGUUUUACCAUUUAAAAACUUGCCUUUCUGAAAUAUAAGCUCAUGAUCCCGUGCAUAUCAACAAGCACAAUUAAUUCUCCUGAACAUUUCAAUUGUGCUUUUAUUAUCUAUAAAACAUUGAAGAGGAUAUGAAUAAUUAACUAAUGAGUAAGCUCUAUUUUCUUCUUAACUCAAAUUAAAGAUGCCUAAAAAGUGUAGUAUUACCUUUGAGUAGCUUUACUAAGUUAUUUUUAAGCUCCUAAGGGCCGUUUGCUAAGCAGCGUAUAGCAUCUACUCAGGGCAGUUGUAUAAAUGAACUGCUGGACAGGAAAACUGCARACUUUAGCAGCUUGAUUUUACAUUAGCCUUUGAAAUGUUAUUGUCUUAAUUAAAGAGCAUCUCUUUCAUAUUUAUGCAUCACAAGAAUAAAAAUUGGGAAAAAGUAUUAAA